AGCCGAGCGCCGCUCAGUUUCCUUUCCGCUUCUGCCGCCCAACUGACAACUCGUGUGAACCCAAGCCAGCUCAAGAUGUCCGACGAGGGUAAGCUUUUCAUCGGGGGACUGAGCUUCGACACCACCGAGGACUCGUUGGCUGCAGCUUUCUCCAAAUAUGGAAAUAUCGAAAAAGUUGAUGUGAUCAGGGACAAAGAGAAUGGGAGGUCCCGUGGCUUUGGCUUUGUGAAGUUUGAUAACGCAGACGACGCGAAGGACGCGCUAGAGGGAAUGAACGGCAAGACUCUGGAUGGCAGGUCUAUUCGUGUUGACGAAGCAGGAAAGGGCGGAGGUCGCUCUGGGGGUGGCGGCGGCUUCAGAGGAAGUUCACGUGGUGGAGGAUUCGGAGGGAGCUACAGCGGCGGCAGGGGGAGAGGUGGGAGAGGUUAUUCUAGAGGUGGUGGUGGAUAUAGCAGCGACAGAAGCUUUGGGGACAGGAGCUAUGGCAGUGGGGACAGGAGUUAUGGCAGCAGUGACAGAAGUUAUGGAGGAGACAGGAGUUAUGGAGGUGGAUACAGGAGUGGAGGAGGCAGUGGAUACUCUUCUGGUGGAUACAGAGAAAGGGGUCAGGGUGGCUACGGGGACCGCUCUGGAGGAUCCUACAGAGAUGGAUAUGACAGCUAUGCUGCACACGAGUAAAAAUCUCCCUGAUUCAAGAUCAUCACUUGGCUGGCUGUAUUUAAAAGAUGCACUCCUCGAGAAAAAAUGUCCACGUGUUACUGUCACCUCCAUUCUCUGUAGUCGUAUUAUGUUGUAGUAGCUUAAACAUCUUUUGAAUGUAGCCAUGACUUGGCUAUUCCUUGAUAAACCCAUGUUUAAGCAAGUUGCAGUUGAUGAUAUACCUUACUUGAGGGAGCAUCUUAAUUGCUUUUGAGGCAUUUCGUUUUUCUACUUGAUGGAUUUCAAUGUCACAUUCGAUUGGAUACUAAAACAAUAUCCCUCCUGUGGCUUUUCUUUUUGAGCAGCCGCUCUCAACUCUGCCCUGUUUUUAUGCAUAGUACCCUCAAAUGUCUCCCGGCUUUCAUCACAACCAGGGUAUCUUAACGGGGCCCAGUUUAAGUUCAGUGAUUGUCUGACCUACCUCCAGUUAUAAAUAGAACAAGACAUGUGAACACUUUUUUUUUCUUCCUAUUUUGCAUUUUAUAAAUACAUUCCCUUUUAAGUGGUACUAGAUAGCUGUGCCUCAGCCAUUAGAUUUGAUAGUUUUAAGUUAGCUGAGGGUCCUGUUUGUUCCAUUUUCCAAAAAAGUUAAUUCCUUUCAGACUGGUGACCUACACACCUGAAGUGGCUGGCUGUUCAUGAAGUUGCAAAAUUGCAGCAUGCUACAGUCUGUCGAAGGUAUUUUUCUUUGCUCAACGCCUGCAUUUAAAAUUGUUAAUGUAAAAAUGGACAUGUCAAGUGAUCAACGGCAAAUGUGAUAUCCCCGAUAAAUCUCGGCCAGGAGCUAUUUUGUACUUUAUGUUCUUUGUAUCAACCUUUUUUUUUUUUCUUUGUCAAUUUGGCUUCAUGGAGCCUAUUAAAACAGUUUGUGGAAAAUA